AUGAAUCUUUUCAACCUGGACCGUUUUCGCUUUGAGAAAAGAAAUAAGAUUGAGGAAGCGCCCGAAGCAAACCCUCAACCCUCCCAGCCUGGCCCUUCUUCACCAAUUUCUCUUAGUGCUGAAGAGGAGAACGCUGAAGGGGAAGUUAGCAGGGCAGGCACCCCUGAUUCAGAUGUAACUGAAAAAACAGAAGAUUCUAGUGUUCCAGAAACUCCAGAAAAUGACAGAAAAGCAAGUAUAUCAUAUUUCAAGAAUCAAAGAGGGAUUCAGUACAUUGAUUUGUCUUCUGAUAGUGAAGAUGUUGUUUCCCCAAAUUGCUCCAGUUCAGUUCAAGAGAAAAAAUUCAACAAAGACACAGUGAUUAUAGUUUCUGAGCCAUCUGAAGAUGAAGAGUCCCAAGGCCUUCCUACCAUGGCCACUAGAAACAACAAUGAUAUUUCAGAACUGGAAGACCUUUCGGAAUUGGAGGACCUUAAAGAUGCUAAACUUCAGACCCUGAAGGAGCUUUUUCCACAAAGAAGUGACAGUGAUUUACUCAAGUUGAUUGACUCAACAAGCACUAUGGAUGGAGCAAUUGCUGCUGCCUUGCUGAUGUUCGGUGAUGCAGAAGGUGGUGGACCCAGGAAAAGAAAAUUAUCUUCUUCUUCAGAGCCAUUUGAGGAAGAUGAAUUUAAUGAUGAUCAAUCUAUGAAAAAGAAGAGAUUGGAUCAUGGAGAAGAGUCAAAUGAAUCUGCAGAGUCUAGCACUAACUGGGAAAAGCAGGAAAGUAUUGUGUUGAAAUUACAAAAGGAAUUUCCCAAUUUUGAUAAAGAGGAAUUAAGGGAAGUACUCAAGGAACAUGAAUGGAUGUACACAGAGGCUUUAGAAUCUUUAAAAGUAUUUGCAGAAGACCAAGAUAUGCAAUAUGCUUCACCGAGUGAGUUUCCAAAUGGAAAAGAGGUUUCUUCAAGAAGUCAAAAUUAUCCUAAAAAUGCAACUAAAACAAAACUGAAACAGAAAUGUUCCAUGAAACCACAAAAUGGUUUUAACAAGAAACGUAAAAAAAAUGUAUUUAAUCCUAAAAGAGUUAUUGAAGACUCUGAAUAUGAUUCAGGUUCUGAUGUUGGUAGUUCGCUAGACGAGGACUAUAGUAGUGGUGAAGAAGUGAUGGAGGAUGGCUAUAAAGGUAAAAUCCUCCACUUCCUUCAAGAUGCUUCAAUUGGUGAACUUACUUUGAUUCCUCAGUGUUCUCAGAAAAAGGCUCAGAAGAUAACAGAACUCCGGCCCUUUAAUAGUUGGGAAGCUCUGUUCACAAAGAUGUCCAAAACGAAUGGCUUAUCAGAAGAUUUGAUAUGGCACUGUAAAACACUGAUUCAAGAAAGGGAUGUAGUUAUAAGGCUUAUGAACAAAUGUGAAGACAUUUCAAAUAAACUGACAAAACAAGUUACCAUGCUCACUGGAAAUGGAGGUGGAUGGAACACAGAGCAACCCUCCAUUCUAAACCAAAGUUUGUCACUCAAGCCCUAUCAGAAGGUUGGUUUGAAUUGGCUGGCAUUGGUACAUAAACAUGGACUUAAUGGCAUUUUGGCAGACGAAAUGGGCCUGGGAAAAACUAUUCAAGCCAUUGCAUUUCUGGCGUACCUCUAUCAGGAGGGUAAUAAAGGUCCUCAUUUGAUUGUUGUUCCAGCAUCAACUAUAGAUAACUGGUUAAGAGAAGUUAAUUUAUGGUGCCCCACUUUAAAGGUGCUCUGUUACUAUGGUUCUCAAGAAGAACGUAAACAGAUUAGAUACAACAUUCAUAGUAGAUAUGAAGAAUACAAUGUAAUCGUGACCACGUAUAACUGUGCCAUCAGCAGUUCUGAUGAUCGUAGUUUGUUUCGUCGGCUGAAACUGAAUUAUGCAAUUUUUGAUGAGGGCCAUAUGCUGAAGAAUAUGGGCUCCAUCCGCUACCAGCACCUUAUGACAAUUAAUGCAAAUAACCGUCUGCUGCUCACAGGCACACCUGUGCAAAAUAACCUGUUAGAACUCAUGUCACUGUUGAAUUUUGUUAUGCCGCAUAUGUUCAGUAGUAGCACCAGUGAAAUACGAAGAAUGUUUUCUUCUAAGACAAAAUCAGCAGAUGAGCAAAGUAUAUAUGAAAAGGAGAGAAUAGCACAUGCAAAACAAAUUAUAAAGCCAUUUAUUCUCAGAAGAGUAAAAGAAGAGGUUCUCAAGCAGCUACCCCCCAAAAAAGAUCGAAUUGAGUUAUGUGCAAUGUCAGAGAAGCAGGAACAACUGUAUAUGAAUCUCUUCAACAGAUUGAAAAAGUCUAUCAAUAACCUGGAAAAAAAUACAGAAAUGUGCAAUGUCAUGAUGCAAUUGAGAAAAAUGGCCAAUCAUCCUUUAUUACAUCGCCAAUAUUACACAGCUGAAAAACUCAAGGAAAUGUCUCAGCUUAUGCUAAAGGAACCUACACAUUGUGAGGCUAACCCUGACCUGAUCUUUGAAGAUAUGGAAGUUAUGACAGAUUUUGAAUUACAUGUACUUUGUAAACAGUAUCGACAUAUUAAUAACUUCCAGUUAGACAUGGACUUGAUUUUAGAUUCUGGAAAAUUUCGAGUUUUAGGAUGCAUCUUGUCUGAAUUGAAGCAGAAGGGUGAUAGAGUUGUAUUAUUUAGCCAAUUUACCAUGAUGCUGGAUAUUUUAGAGGUUCUCUUAAAGCAUCAUCAGCAUAGGUACCUCAGAUUAGAUGGGAAGACUCAGAUUUCUGAAAGGAUUCAUCUAAUUGAUGAGUUUAAUACCGAUAUGGAUAUCUUCGUCUUUCUGCUGUCAACAAAAGCUGGUGGCUUAGGAAUAAACCUGACUUCAGCAAAUGUUGUCAUCCUUCAUGAUAUUGACUGUAAUCCUUACAAUGACAAACAAGCAGAAGAUAGAUGUCAUAGAGUAGGCCAGACAAAAGAAGUACUAGUUAUAAAAUUAAUAGGCCAAGGGACAAUUGAAGAAUCCAUGCUAAAAAUUAAUCAACAGAAAUUGAAACUAGAACAAGAUAUGACCACAGUAGAUGAAGGUGACGAAGGAAGUAUGCCAGCAGAUAUAGCCACGUUACUAAAAACAUCAAUGGGCCUGUGA